CGCAGACGCAGCGUCGUUGUCGUUCAGUGCGGUUUUGGAGUUCGUUGCGUCUGGUCGAGAUCCCCCCAACAGCAGGAACCAUCGAUCCCAUCGAUCGCUUAUAGAGUUGUUGCACUGUGCGAUCCGUUCCGAUCCGAGUUCGAGUUCGAGUUGAAGUGUGUGUGUCGCGAAUGCUAGAGGCCUACCUCCGUCUCAGAGUGUUUUUUGGUGGUGUGCUGUGCUUUAGCAAGGAUUAACACACUGCAAUCCCUCUGCAAAUCAAUUGAAACCAAAUCGGGCCUUAGCCCAGAUAACACUCACACAGAAGAGCUAAACACUCACACAUGUACAAUCAAUUAGCCAUGCUGGCAAUGAAGGAUAAACCUUGGCUGGUGCUAUUUGGCCUAUUGGCCGCAUUAAGCUGCCUGCCCAGCCCCAGCGAUGCCGCGUAUCCGUAUUACGGCACGAAGAUCGGAGCUCUGACACGUCUGCACCAUGGCGUUUCCGGCGACGUCUAUGCCGUGGACUCGCGCACGAUUUUCAUCAAGAAAUUCAGCUACGACGGCGAGGCCCCGGCCGCCUACUUCUACGUGGGCAACACGGCCCGGCCCAGCAACGAGGGUGCCACCCGGCUGCGGGACGAACGUGGGGGCACAGCCUCCCUGACGCGUCGCUACCGGAACAAAGACAUUACCCUGUCGCUGCCCGAGGGCAAGACGCUGCGCGACAUCAAGUGGUUCUCCGUGUGGUGCGACGAGUUUGCGGUGAACUUCGGGGAUGUGACCAUACCAGCCAGUCUGGAUUUUCCAAGGCCACAGAAAAUUAGCGCAUUGCGCGGCGUCCACGGCGUGUCCUCCGAGAACAUUGUGAUCGUGGAUGCCCAAACCCUGCUGGUGCCCAACUUUAGCUACGAUGGCGAGGCGCCAGAUGCCAAGUUCUGGGUGGGUCGGGGACAGCGUCCCACGCCCGAGGGCCUGCGCAUACCCGACGAGAACGGCAAGGAGAAUCCGCUGCGUCGCUACGAGCGCAAGACCAUCGUGCUGACCCUGCCCGAGGACCUGACCAUCUUCGACAUCGGGCACUUUGGUGUGUGGUGUGAGGCCUUCACCGUCGACUUUGGCCACGUCCGCCUGCCGGAGGGCCUCAAUGUGCCGCCAUCGCUGAAGAUGCUCGGCAUCAGUCCACAGUCGAAACUCAACUGCGAGGUGCUCUACGACGAUCUGGCCUUUGAGGUGCGCUGGGCCGUGGCCGGGGAGAGCAUUGUGGUGCAAUUGGUUGCCAAAUUGGAACCGAACAACUACAUGUCCUUCGGCAUCUCGCCGAACAAGAACAUCAGCCAGAUGAUCGGCGCCGAUGCCGUUGUCGCCUGGGUGGAUCCGCAGACGGGCAACGGCUUCGCGCAGGAUUACUUCCUGGAGGGCAAGGCCCAGUGCUCCGGCAGCCGUGGCGCCUGUCCCGACACCAAGAUCAUGGAGAAAACCAACUCCAUUCGACUGCUGAAUGCCGCCAUGGUCAAUGGCUACUCGAUUGUCACCUAUCAGCGCUCGCUGGCGGCCACCGAUCGGCUGGAUCUGCCCAUUUCCGUCACGGAUGCCGAGUCCGUCGUUUGGGCCAUUGGACCGCUGAACGACUACAAAGAAGUCUCCUUCCACACGUUCUACAACAAGCAUCUGCAUCAGAUCGAGUUCGGUCGCCAGCCCAAGUGGAACUGUCCCCUGCCCGAGGGCGCCAAGCCGGGCAGCAGCUCCGCCGAGCAGGAGGACGUCACUCUGCCGACACAGAGCUCCACCGGCGGCAAGGGCUAUCCACCAGCCGGACACCCCAAUCUCGAGCCUGAGGAGGAGUUCUACGAGAACCGUGCAGAGGCUCUGCAUCGCCAGCCACCUCAGCGACGCCAGGAGACGGGCAUCAUCACCCAGCGACGCCCGGUGCCCACACCCAAGCCAGUGAACAGCAACGGCGCCUGGGACAUUCCGCCCAUUCAGUGCCACGAGCCAGAGGAUGGCGUCUUCUAUGCACAAAUGGGACCCACCGGCGGCAAGCAUGGCUAUCCAGCCAUCACUGGCCACGUUGGCUGGGGCAUUUCCUGGUACAUCAAUGGCCUGCUUAUACCCGAGAUCCAUGUGGUGCGCGGCAAGACCUACACCUUUGUGGUGGAGGGUGGCAACAAUCCCGACAUACCAGCCAAGUAUCAUCCAUUCUACAUAAGCGACGAUCCAGUCGGUGGCUACGAGCACAAGCGCGAGGAGGAGAAGAAGGCUGUUCGCAUAUUUGCUGGAGUUCAUCGCUCGCGUUCGGGUCAGGUGACGCCCACGGGCGUGGGUCGCCUGUGCAACUGGACACCGGAUGUGGAGGGACCGCCGGCGGAUGACUAUCAAUCCUUUGGGGCCUACCAGCGCACCCUCACGCUCAAGUGCGACGCUGGGGAGCCGGGCGUGAUCAGCUGGAAGCCGGACAGAAACACGCCGGACACCGUGUACUAUCACUGCUUCACGCAUCGCUAUCUGGGCUGGAAGAUACACGUGCACGACUCGUGCGAGCAGGGCGAUGUGGGUGGCCAGGGGGCAGCCUCCGAGCAGCACGAGAUCCGUGUGCCCGCUGCGGCGUUCGCGUCCGCGGCCGAGCCGGCGCCCGUCCACGAGGACUAUGCCGCCGAGUCGUCGAUCCGACACGAAACCCAGGUCAGCCCCAACGAUAAUUUUUUAUUGAAGCACCAAACCGAUUUGAUUAAGAACCACAAUAUGAACGGAACACCGCCUAAACUGAGCUUUGAAAUAACGAAAUCUUCGGAAAUAACCAAACUGAUUUCAGAUGGCAUCCGCGCUGCUGAGGCUCUCGAGGAGAGCCUUCUGAGGAACUCACACCCAAACGCAAACCCCAAUCCCAAACAUAACGAAGUGAGCUCGGGCCCCCAUCUGCCGAACCAUCAACCGAUAACCAUCAACGGCUCUCGAUUACCCCAACUGGCCACCGUCCGGCCCGAGAUACUGCUCGGCGAAACCCAUUCUCACCAAUCAUCUGCAUCCGCAUCCGCAUCCGCAUCUGCAUCUGCAUCUCCCUCAUCGUUGUCGUUGCCUUUGCCUGCUCAUCCGAAACUUCCCAUCUUUGCCACUGGCCCACAUCUCAUUCACAAUUCCCAUUUGCACUUGCACCGCCUGCACCAUCCGCAGCAGCAUGUCCCCCACCCGCCCUCGAUUAUAAGCCCCCAUCUGCACCCGCAUCCACUGCAUCAUCACAAUCUAACCAGUAACCUUCCAGCGCUCGCGCAGAAAACCAUCAGCCUGUCCGAGUACCUGCGUCCGCCGCAGAAUGCGCCGCUCUUCCAUCCGGUAAAGCUGCCCGGCCGCCGGCCCUAUCCCGGUCCCAUCAAGAAGGUGCCAGCAUCCCGGCCCAUCCUGCCGCAGCAGCAUCCCCAUCCGCAUGCUCAUCCGUCAGGGAUUCUCCAACAGUCGUCGCUGAUUGUCCAACACUAUCGCAAGCCCGUGCCCAGUCUGCUGAAGCCGUUUGUCAAGGAGAAGCCCUUCCCCCUGCAGCCCAUAGCAGCAUCGGUGCUGCUGCUUGGCCAGCCCACAGAGCUGGGAUCAGCUGGCCAGCGGAAAUCAGAGCACGGGGAACGCUCCAAGCCGAAGCCAAAGCCAAAGCCGGUCAUCCCCGUGCCCUACACGGACCACGAACCGCAGGCAUCCCUGCAGAGCAAUGCCUACUUCAAUCUGCACUCGAAGCCGGAACAGAAGCCCGCUUCGACAGCUACGCCCAGCACCACCACCACGAGCAUCGUCAAGCGACCGCUGCAGAAGGAGCCGUCGCCCCAGGAGAUUGCCAACAUGCGACCGGCCGUCAAUCAGGGCUUCAAGCCCGACACCGUGAUUGUGGAGAGCGGCUUCCGGCCGAUCAUGCGCACAGAUGGCAGCGGUGUUCAACUACCGCCAGAGCUGAUCGAACAGGUGGCACACCGGCGCGAGGAUCCGGGCACCGAGAUCGACGAGGUCAUGGAAACGGACACGCUCUUCCUGGUCGCCCAGCAGGGAGGCAGCGAGACGCAGAGCUUCGAGCCGAUGUUCAUACCCUCGCCCCUGGACAGCAUCAAUGCCUCCAUACAGAUGAAGAAAGCUGUGCCCGAGGCAGACGAGGAGGAGACAGAUGAGGAGGAGGAGGCAUCAGCACUUCGACUACCUUCGGCGGCAGUGGAGCAUGCUCUGCCCUCAGCCGCCCAGCUUCGCAAACCCACUUUGGGGGAGUUGUUCGGUGAGGAAGAUCUAGACGAUGAUAUGGAGGAGAAACUCAAUGACGAGGAGCAGGAGGAGCAGCCGGUUCUGCCAGCCAAGAAAUCAUCUACGGCAGCUUUCACUCCAUCGAGCACCACGCCAGCGAUUGCCAUCCCUGAGCAAGAGCCAGAGCAUGAGCUCUUCGACGAUGGCAUGGCCAGCCUGUUCGGUCCAGACUCGCAGGAGGAAGAGAUCUAUGCGGAUGAGCUGGAGCCGGAGGAUAAGCUGGCAGCAGCCGCAGAGCGCAUUGACACCUACUACCUGCCGCCGGACAACCGAAAGAUUCCGCACGCCGGCUUGCCCAGCGGGGCGCUGUACACCUUUGAUGGCAAGAGCGUGGUGGAUGGCUCCCUGGUGCUGCCGCCCAAGCUGGAUGCACGGGACAAUGGCCUCUUGAGGCACUCGCACUACGGGCUUACGCCUCUGGAGCAGCUGAUACGGACAACGCCGCAGUUUGGUGCAUUCCACGGCGAGCUGCCGGAGGAAUUCCAAUCCACACAGAGUCCUGUGCGGCCUGGUGCACAGCCCGUGACGGAGUACUCCAAUCCGGUGCCAUUCAGCCGCACCACAGCCUCCGUUUAUCCCAGUAGCAGCAGCAGCACCAGCAGCAGCAGCACCACCACCAGCAGCUCCAGCACCAGGAUGACGAUGGGGAGGAUCCGUAUUGCGUGACCAGCUCGCAUUAUUGUCGCGUGCUCAAUCCGGGCACGCCAAGCUUUGGCCGCAAAUAUUGAGCAGGUGCAUAGUCCAUAGCGAAUGCUGAAAUGCCGAAUAACCGAAUAACCGAAAUGCCGAAUACCCGAACACGGAACAGCGACCACAGAACACCGGAUAGUGUGACUAGACAUUUGCAUAUAAGUGUGUUUCCCCCCUUCGAGCUUUGUGUUGCCGUAACAAUAAGUAUUUCUGUUUAUGGUCACGCCUCAUAAUUGAUGGGACAGCGUCUCCAUUUCGAUGGUGUCGGUCCUUUCUACCCAUUUUCAUAUUAGUUAAUGUAUUUCUUUUAAUGUUGUCCCAAGAAAUGAUGUCACUUGUAUGUAUACUUACACUCUGCUGGCGGCCUUCCAUCUUGCCCAUCUCCAUCCAGCCAUCCUUUUCAUGGACUGUCCUUUUAAGUCAUCAAGUAUACGCAGCUGUGGGGGCGCAGACAUCAAUAAACGUUUUUGAUUUAUGUGUGCUCUGGGGCCUGUCCUGCGGCGCUUAUGAUUUUAUAUUUAAUGAGAAGCAUCGAUCGACUUUCGCCUGAAAUGAUUCGGUAGCAGUGUUAAGCCCCGCGCACAAACCAAAGCAGACAUGUUUAAAAUCCGCCAAAGAGCCGACACAUGCAAUCGCAAUUUGUUGGCCGUCCCCUGUGGCUCGUCCCUGCCCCAGCACUGGUCGCCUGUCAGUGGCAGGCGACGCGACAAUUGAUUUGCCUGUUUUGCAUAGCUGAAACAGCAAAAAAAAAGAACAAAAAGCGUUGUCUCAUGUCCUUGUCGUUUCAAAUUUAUGGUGGGCUCGUACCUUGGCGCCUCUCUAUGCAAAGCGGGUCAAGUCGAGAGGACCCCCGUGGCCAAAGGUCAGCUUAAAGCAGCGAAAUUAAGUUUCCCCGCACCCGCACCCGAACCCGCACCCUCACCUCUACCCAUUCACGGUCGUAGAGUCAAAACCUAAUUAACAUCUCGUACACACACACUCGACAGGAAGAGCUAAGCGAUGCCUUGGCAGCCAGCAGACAACUGGGAGAAGGCCAAAGAGGACGAGUAGUCCUCUGGGUACUCAGGGCUGCCGACGCCUUUUUGCACAUUUUUAUUGCAUGUUAUGUUGUUGCCGCCUUUUAUCUACGCCUUUUGGGGCCGCUAAGCCGCCCGCUUAAACGGCUCUGUGGUGAAAAGAGUUGGUUGGGGUUAGUGGUUGGAAGGGUUGGUGGCUGCUUUGCCUCCCCUUGCCAUUCAGGGAGUUGUAACCACUUCCGUCCCGACAGCAUUUUGUGUGUUUUUGUUCUGCAGCCUAAAACUAUGCAACUUGUUCUGCCCAGUUCCUUUCGUUUGUGUUUCAAACGAGUCAUGGAAUAAAAUUCAACAUUUUUUCCCUUCUUCCGAUGUGUGUUUGUUUGAGAAGUGAAGUGUGUGGGUCUGUGUGUUUGGGGUGGAUGGCAGGAGCCUGCAUCAAAUUAGAUUUUAUUGCCCCGGCACGCACCACAAACAGAAGGCAGAAGAGACAGAGACAGACAGAACAUCACACAUGCGGCUCAGCGGAAUUUUAGUCUGCCUUCAUUUUCCUUUUUUCAUUGUCUUGUUGCUCGAUUUUAUGGCCACACCCACAUUCCGCCUGGCGAUGCUUUUAUUGUGUAUAUUUUUGCGUAUCGAUUGUGCAUUAAAAUAUAAACAUAAAAAUUCAGUUGGCGAACAAUACAACAUGCAUACACAUACAGACGCAUUUAUGCGUUUGUAUAUGUGUUGGUGGGAGGUUUGUUCUGGAUAUUUUUUGAAUAUUGAACAAAGGGGAAUGCAUAAAUAUAGUCACAGGUCGAAGGAAGUCGAACCUUUUCAUAUCCAUAAUUUAGGACUGAUUUCCCAUUUAUUUGUUAUACGUACAAUACAAAUAUAUAUAAAAACGUGCGAACUCUCUUAGACUCAGCUCAUAAAUGUCUAACGUUAAAUACAAUAAACAUAGUAAAAUUUCAAAUACAAUUAAAAACAUUCCAAACAUCUUCUAGAAAAUGUUUAUAAUAACUUACAUACAUACAAAUUCGUUAAAAACAAAACCAAAAUGAUAACAAAGAACCCAAGAGAACCAAUUUGUUAAAGUUUCAAUAUCCAUUUGGACCAAACCAAAGUAGAAAUCGAACAAAAUAUGAAAACAACAAAAAAUCACAAACAUAUAUCUUUAUGUAUA